CAGCACCAUUGUUGAAAUAGGAAAGGAGCAACUUUGCAGAAUUUGCUUCCAAGCUUCGUUGAGAAAGAGGCAGCUUCUUAAACGAGCGGAGGGUGCAAUGGAUUUACUGAAAGAACUGAAAAGUAUGCCUAUGACUUUGGAUUUACUGCAGUCCACCCGCAUUGGGAUGUCAGUAAAUGCACUGAGAAAGCAGAGCACAGAUGAAGAAGUGAUAUCGCUUGCCAAAUCCCUCAUCAAAUCUUGGAAAAAGCUUUUAGAUGCUUCUGAGGAAAAAAGCGAAGAGAAGAAGAAGAGCUUGUCCUUGCCAACAUCUUCCUCGAAGGAGACUGGUAACUCAAGAGACCAAAGCUCCAACAAAAGGCAGGAGCCUCCAAAGACUCCGACCACCCCUAAAAUCACCACCUUCCCUCCGGCGCCCGUCACCUGCGAUGCUGUCCGCAACAAAUGCCGAGAAAUGCUGACAACAGCUCUGCAGGCUGAUG